AUGGGUGUAGAUGAACAAGAAGUUCUGGAUAAAAUCAGUGAGGCGGCUGAGGCCAACCAUGRUGAUGCAGACUGCUUCGUGUGCGUCUUUCUGAGCCACGGAGAGAACGACCAUGUCUAUGCUUACGACGACAAGAUCGCUAUCCAGGACAUCACUGCCCUGUUCAAAGGAGACAAGUGUAAGAGCCUGGUGGGCAAGCCCAAGAUCUUCAUACUACAGGCGUGCCGUGGGGACAAGCAUGACGAUCCAGUGACCCCCAUGGACGUGGUGGACAGCGAAGUGAAGACCAACGAGGUGGUGGUGGACGCUGGGGUGGUCUACACCCUCCCUGCUGGCGCGGACUUCAUCAUGUGUUACUCUGUGGCUGAAGGCUACUAUUCCCACCGCGAGACGAUCAACGGCUCCUGGUACAUCCAGGACCUGUGUGGGGCCAUGCGGAAGUURGGGGAUUCCCUGGAGUUCACYGAGCUCCUGACCCUGGUCAACAGGAAGGUGUCCAUGAGGAGCGUCGGGAAUUGUACCGACCAGACCGCCAUCGGGAAGAAACAGGUCCCCUGCUUUGCUUCCAUGCUCACCAGGAAGCUCUACUUCCGAGCCAAGAAGCAGUAAGGUUUCCAUCCACCGGGCAGCUACUACGUCAUUCCUGAAUCCUGCUGUAGUUGUUUUGYAUGMURUUMGGGAGAAAGGUGGUCCUUGACUAUAAUGUCUGGUGGUUKUUUUUGUUAAACGUUUGUCUAUAUUAUUUCGAUGUUUGUCUUGAGGACCAUGAAAUACACUUUAUCAAGCUGUGCAUAUUCCCUUUAUUCUAAUCUUCUAUUCCUCAUAGAACACCAAAUGGAGAUCAUGUCAUUUCUGACGAUUGAUGCUGUUCUAUUUUAACAUUCUGUGGUGGCAAAGCUGACCUAAAACAAAGCAUUACUAUACUGGUGAAACCUGCUUGGCUGCUCGGCGUCAGUCUUCCCUGUUGGUGUUGACAGAGGUCAUGGAAUGUACCUGCAGGGCAGGUAAAAGAGUGACAUGAGAUAGUAAUUGAGCAUUAACAUUCAAAUUACUUUAUUCUCAGUCUGUUUCUGGAUAGCUAUUGUAAGAGGGGAUUCUCAGUCAGUAAAGGAUUUUGCAUCACCAGUCCCUUUAGGCCCUUUCGAGAGAAUACUGCUAAUUCUUAGCAUUGAGUAAUGGUUCCCUGGGCUUGAUUUGUUUACAUCAACUAUCUGUGUCAAAUAUACAAAGAAAUGUGCACAUUGUUUGAAGGAGGCCGUGGCUCUGGGCUAAAUCCCUACCUUGCAUCCAAAAGGUGUGGCUUGAUCCUUAUCUCUGCAAGUUUCUGCAACUGUCGUUGUCCACAUAGGAAGAAAAGUGCCGAUUGGGUGGCUCUGGGGUUGAAUCCCUGGCUUGCAGCCAAGAGGAUAUGGGUUCAGUUCUUUAUCUCUUGUGCUUUAGUCUACUGCACAUUUACGCAAAUGUCAAAAUUAAGUGUUAGUAUGUGAAGGAUCUGUGGCUCUGGAUCUCACCCAAAUAGCACAGGGUUGUAGGUUUGAACCUACUCAGGACUCAAGCAUGGUUGUGUGGACAACGGGCUCUGCUGCAGAGCGAGUUAAGGCCACUAGAAGUGGUUGCCACAUCAAGAUGGCUGGAGAAUGGUGGCGUUGGU